CUGUCGACGGAACGCAACGUUAUACUUUUAAGAAAAGAGUUUUUCUUACAUGUUUUGUCAUUUUUCAGUUUGAAUUUUUAUCACUCUUCCAUAUACCAGAAAAAGGCACAUUACUGGAAGAAAAAUAAAUCCUACGGGAAAGUACGCAUGCGCCAUGCAGUGUUGCUACUUAGUUGUUGUAGUAACCGGGAAGAUUAGCACCGUUGACCAACUCUUCAUGGCCGUACAAAUAAGAAGCUAUUUAGCUUUUAGCAGCAUCCCUGAAAGAAUGCCAGGUUUAAUAUGUAUUUUUUCAACAAAACGCAGCACGUAUUACCUUGCAUGAGGGAGAUGCGAUGGCAGAUACUUGAUCUCAGCAGAAUUUGAGUUUUCUCCCUGGAGAUGCCAGCCGUUGCCCGGGAAAAGGAGGAGUCGGAUUCCUCCCCUGAGGAUGAGCAUGAGAACCGUCCUCUCGUUGCCUGGAGCGGGCUCAGCAGGACAACCCCAAUCUUCCUGUUUUUCCCCGAAGCGAUCGUGUCAAAGGAUCGACCCACAUAUUCUGGCGGAGAGCAAUACAACAUGACCUUCAAGAUCGUGCGCACCGAGAGUCGGCUGGUGCGGGGGAUACUGACCAAGCAUGGUUUCCAUGAGGUUCACCCAAAUAGCAAUGAUUUUAAUCUGAUGUGGACGGGAUCCCACCUGAAACCUUACCUACUCCGAAACUUUCAAGAUUUCCAGAAGGUCAACCACUUUCCCAGAUCUUAUGAACUGACCCGCAAAGAUCGUCUUUAUAAAAAUAUCCAGCGAAUGCAGGUGGCCCACGGCUUCCAUAACUUCCACAUAGUUCCGCAGACCUUUGUGCUUCCAUCGGAAUACCAGGAAUUCUGCAGUUGUUACGCCAGGGAUAGGGGACCGUGGAUUAUUAAACCGGUAGCGUCUUCAAGAGGACGAGGCAUUUACUUAGUCAGCAAUCCAAAUCAAAUUUCAGUGGAUGACAACAUAUUGGUGUCCCGCUAUAUUCACAACCCUCUGCUGAUAGAUGAUUUCAAGUUUGAUAUGCGCUUGUAUGUGUUGGUGACGUCAUAUGAUCCCCUCCUCAUCUAUGUGUAUGAGGAAGGCCUCGCCAGAUUUGCCACCGUCAAGUAUGACAGGACGACAAAGAAUAUUAAGAACACCUUCAUGCAUCUCACCAACUACAGCGUGAACAAAAAGAGCAGCAAGUAUGUCAGUUGUGAUGACCCUGAAGUGGAGGACUAUGGGAACAAGUGGAGUAUGAGUGCAGUGUUGCGCUACUUGAGGCAGGAGGGGAAGGACACCACACUGUUGAUGAGACAGGUAGAAGAUGUGAUCAUCAAAGCUGUGCUCAGCGCUCAGAUGCAGAUCGCCACCGCCUGCAAGACCUUCAUUCCUCACGAAACCAACUGCUUCGAACUUUACGGCUUUGAUGUGCUAAUUGACUCCAACCUAAAACCGUGGUUGUUGGAGGUCAACCUAUCCCCAUCCUUGGCCUGCGAUGCUCCCUUGGAUUUGAAGAUAAAGGCUAGCAUGAUUGCAGACAUGCUCUCACUUGUGGGCUUGGUCUGUCAGGACCCCCUGAUGAGAAAGCCUCCCUCUGGGAGAGUCCUCCUGGACCCCGGCCUCAAGCAGUCAGCAGCUCAAAGCACACAGCGGCAGAGGCCCCCGGAAGCCACAGACGGCGAACCGUUGGAGUUUAAAGACAAGGAAGAAGGAGACGGCAUUCUAGGCUUGAGUGCAGAGAAGAUCAAAGUCUUGAGGAGGACAAGGGAGGAGUAUGAGAGGAGAGGAGGUUUCAUCCGAAUAUUCCCCACUGAAGAGACAUGGGAGCUCUAUGGUGGAUAUCUGGAGUCCAAGACAUCGUUGAACUCAAUGUUGGCAAACAGACUUUUCCAUGGAAGGAAUGCGAACGGGAACGCGCAGCUGCAGAUGGCCACGGUCGACGGCUACCACACCGUCCAGUACGAGAGGAAGCUGCCGUCUCUGGAGGCCCGUAAGAGGAGACGGCACCACCUGAGCCAUCGCUCUGCUGCUGGAAAGAAGAAACGGGGGAAGCAAUCCAAGGACUCGCUGAUGGAGAGCAGUGGCCCGGAGGGAGAGGAUUGCAUACGGGAGGAAAGGGGGGAGAUGAAACUGGCGCUGGAGCCAGUCUCGCAUGAGAUUUUGGUAGCGGAGCAAAAAAAACAAGUGGCUUCACCGGCGCAGAAUUCUCACGGCGAGGCCGUGUCCGGCUUUCAAGCGGCGGCGGCGGCGGCGGCGAACCACAACAGUAGGCCGCAUGUCAACCUGCUUCACUUCCUGCAUCAGGGAUGGGACAUUAGUAAAGUGCAAGCCCGGAUGACCUUUUCCUCUUACCUACAGCGGGUUCAACAAAGACUUUUGGCAGAGAGCAAGUUCAAAGGCACUCCGGCUUGGGCAGAGCGAGACCAUGACCAAAUGGAGCUUAUAGUUCGCUUCUUGAGGAGGGCCGCCAGUAACCUCCAACAAGACGUCAAUAUGGUUCUGCCCAGUCACCAGCUCCCGAUUCAAGACCGCAGACGCAUCCUGUCCCACCAACUCGGAGAGUUUAUCCGGUGUUACGAAAAGGAAACUGAGCAUAUCAUGAAAAAAAAGCAGAACACUACAGAGAGGUGCGUCGCCACCAGCGUGUUUCAUGACUACAUCACGGCUGCGAGCGAGAGCGAUCUGGAGGAAGUACUGACAUUCUACACACAGAAAAAUAAAUCGGCCACCGUCUUCCUCGGAACAAAAGUCAGGCGUGUUAAAAAAGACCUUCAUGAAACACACGCCUCUGAAGAGUCGGGCAACGGCAAGACUUCCAACACUCUGACUGUAGCCAAAGAAGAUUCCAGCUCGUCCUCCGCAGACUGCAAGGUCGCCGAAAGUCAAGCGGCGACGGAGGGAUUCGGCCGCGCCAAAAUCCAUCCGCAGGUCACGGCUUACCAGUGCCGCUCCGGCUUUCCCGCCGUUUCAAACUUCCCGCCUGUUCCUCAACGGAACUGCUCUAUCGCCGCUUCGUCCGUGUCCGGUCAUCGUCCUCCGCCGCUUCCCCCGAAGCCGCCGUCCGGCGCGCAGUUCUGGGCAAAGUCUUACUUCUGCCAGCCCCAAGCGCUCCGCGACGCUCCCGUUUACACCCCUCCCCCCGCGUCGACGCCGGGGCAACCGACCCAGGUUCUCUGGAGAAUCCCGUCUUCCAAAAUGUUCGCGUCGAGCUCCGCGGCAGCUUCUUCCAUCACCGGCGCGCUACACAUCUACAGCCAGAAGCUCUCUAGACCGACAUGCGCGGGCCAAGUUUCCAAAAUGUGCAAUUCCAGUAAGAUGGAAUCAAACGCCGAGGCGGGUUUCAGGGAGUUGAACUCCUUGACUGUCCAGGCCCAGUCCAACCAGCAGGCCUUCAUCUCAGCCCUCCAGAAGCUGGGAGACGGCCAGGUUGCUCGCAUCAAUGCCGGCUCAAGUCAAAUCAACCUUCUGACACAACAUUUGACUAGGUUAAAACUGGCUAGCCAGAUGUUAAGUGAAGAAAGUCCAAAGAUGCGGCCCUCGUCUGCCGAUAUCCAAGGACCUUUUGGGCCGGACCACUCCAAAAUGGACCCUCUUAGAAACAAGAUCCAUCACAACCGGACGGAUGACACAGAGGCUUCUAGUGGAAGACAGAGUCGCAGCAACUUCACUCCCGUGAAGGUGGCCAAUCCUCUCACCGUGAGAGAAAACCAUCCGUCUCAGUUCACCGCCCAGCAAAUGCACCAGCAAAAAAUUCACCCUCUGCGAUUAUUAAGGCAGAACUACUGCGGAUACCAGGAUCAACGUUUAGACGAAACGAGCGCUCCCCACGCUAAGGUUCCCACAAAGUCUUCCGGCGUUCCGGGACCCCCCCGCCACGAUCACAUCCGGACCCGCGAUAGUCCCGCUCUCGCCCCGAAGCCACCCGGCGAGGCCCAAAUUAGGAAACCGGCAGCAACGCGUCCCGUCAAGCAGGCAUCCGCUCCGAGGUCGGCCUUUCAAAGUGUGAAUGGCAGGCAGAAUUCGGUCUACGAGGCCAUCUGUGCUAAGACAGGCCUUUCCGUGUACCGCAAGCUGCUGCGGACCCAGGAGCCCAGAUGACACCGAGGCGACCAGAGGCGCGUCUUGCCGCUGUGCCGGCCCGACAGGUGUCUCUGCAUGUAACCGUUCACGCGCACAAACCCUGGCCCACUGAUGUAUUCUGGGAAAGAACAACGGCGGAAGAGCGUGCCAGGCUUCCAUUUAUUUGUCCGUCGUACUGCCACGGAGAUCGCGUGUCGGGCACGGAAUUCCCAGCUUUGACGCAGGUUGGGAUUUGAUCGCGCGGCCAAUAUCAGAUGGCCUUUCCGGCCUGCGCGCCACCAGUUUCCCCUCCCUCGCGCUACCGAUGCCACGGAAAGAUUUCACGGGCAGAUAGCUUUCGACAGAUGCCUCGCUGGCAUUUAGUAUGCCAGCUAUUCACAUCGAGCCACCGUCAUCAAGUGGAGACAUUCCGUGAAUGGUAAGCACGCGGUCCACUUCCUUGCGCCAGAAACUGACUUACGGUCCAGAAUGAAAACAAACAGGUUACCGAAUCCUGACUGAGCAAAGGACGAGUUCGAUUAAAGCAACCUUUGCUUCCUAAUGGAAUGAGGUAAGGAAGUUGUGGUUAAUGCAGCGGUACCUCGACAUAAGAACACUUCUGUAAAUGAAAUAUUCAUUUUACAAAGGGUUUUUCCACAUUUCAUAUUACGAAAAAAGUAUUCCAAACACGAAAGGUGCUAUGUACUGUAAAAAUUUCUCUGUAUAGUUUGAAAGAGCUACAACCUGCCUGUCAGGCAGAACCACGCUGGCCGGAUUGAACCACUUGGCGGGUUGUUUUGACACCUUAAAUCAGGGGUGUCCAAACUCUGGUGUCUUACAAGUGUAAUCAGUUGAUUGCAGUCAGGUACUGCUUGUUUUAGCAGAAUGUUCAUUGGUUAAACUGUCCGUAGGAACAAAAACCAGGACCCGCGGCGGCCCUCGAGGACCGCUUUGGACACCGCUGACUUACAUAAUACCCCUGAUUUAAAUCAUCACAGGAAUAGUUCAACCUGAUUUUAGCCUUAUUUAAAAUGUAGUGUCUUGGUAGCUAGCGCAUGGAAUGAAUUGGAUGAUUUACAUGUAAAAACAUGGUUCAUUAAAUGAAAAAAAUCAUCAUUCGAAAGCCACUUCGGAACUAAUUCCUUUCGUAUCUUGAGGUACCGCUGUACACACUCAAUAUGUUUGGCCAUCGUUGCACUGCAAAACAAUGGUGAUUAACGGUGCACAUGCUCACUAGUAUCCUUGCGUGGAUAUCCAGAAGUCACUCAGGGCAUCUUGUUGAUAAAACCUUCCGCUGAGUAUCUUUGUACAGCGGUAUGAAAAAGUAUCUGAACCUUUUGGAAUUUCUCACAUUUCUGCAUAAAAUCACCAUCAAAUGUGAUCUGAUCUUAGUCAAAAUCACACAGAUGAAAAAAACUGUCUGCUUAAACUAAAACCACCUAAACAUUUAUAAGUUUUCAUAUUUUAAUGAAGUAAGUGAACCAUCACAUUUGAUAUUUUGUGCCACCCCCCGGCAGCAAUAACUUCAACCAGAAGCUUCCUGUAACUGCUGUAACUGAUCAGGAUUAAUCUAGGCCUGUGGUUGCCAAACCGGUCCUCAAGGACCCCUGUGGGUCCUGGUUUUUGGUCCUACCGAUCAAGCACAGACCCUUUAACCAAGGAGGUUUCUGCUAAAACAAGCAGCACCUGAUUACACUUGUAAAACACCAGAUUUGUACACAUGUGUCAUCCUGUUUUGUUGGAAAGAAAUCCAGCACCCACAGCGGCCCAAUGUGGAAUAGCUUGGGAACCCCUGAUCCAGGCCCAUUCUUCUCUACAAAGCUGCUGUAGUUCAGUCAGAUUCCUGGGAUGUCUGGCAUGAAUCGCUGUCUUGCGGUCAUGCCACAGCAUCUCAAUGGGGUUCAAAUUUGGGCUUUGACUUGACCACUCCAGAACGUGUAUUUUGUUCUUCUGAAACCAUUCUGAAGUUGAUUUACGCAUACAUCCUCUCUUUAGCUUCAACUGCCUGACAGACUGCAAAACUUUUGAAUUCAUUCUUCCAUUAAUGAUUGUAAGUUGUCCAGGCCCUGAGGCAGUGAAACGGCCCCAAAUCAUGAUGCUACCGCCACCAUGCUUCACAGUGGGGAUGAGGUGUUGAUGUUGGUGAGCUGUUCCAUUUUUCCUCCACACAUGACAUUGUGUGUUACUCCCAAACAAUUCAACUUUGGUUUCACAAAAUAGUCCACAAAAUAUUUUGCCCAAACUUCUAUGGAGUGUCCAAGUGCCUUUUUGCAAACAUUAAACGAGCAAACAUUAUUAUUUUUUUUUUAGACCGCAGUGGCUUCCUCCGUGAAGUCCUCCCAUGAACACCAUUGUUGGCCAUAGUUUUACAUAUAGUUGAGAUAUUGGACUGUGCCAGUGAUUUCUGUAAGUCUUUAGCAGACACACUAGGGUCUUUUUUGACCUUUCUGAGUAUUCUGCACUGAACUCUUGGCGUCAUCUUUGGUGGACGGCCACUCCUUGAGACAUAUGCAACAGUUCCAAACCAAACUGUCCGUUUGUAGACAACUACUCUGACUGUCGAUUGACGAACAUACAUACUUUUAGAGAUGGUUUUGUAUCUUAUCCCAGUUUUCACAGCUCUUUUGGCCAAGCCAUGAUGCACAUCAGACAAUGCUUCUCAUCUAGACAUUUCUUACCAGGUGUGUUUUUUGUAGUGGGCAGGGCAGCUUUAAACCACUCAUCAGUGAUGGGGCACACACCUGACUUACAAUGUUUGGUAAAAAUUGGUUUCGGUUGCUCUUUAAGUCUCCUUAGGAAGAGGGUUUACUUACUUAUUUUCCCCCUUUUGACAUUGUUUGCACGCUAGCCUCAUUAAAAUAUGAAAACCUAUUAAUUCCUGGGUGGUUUUAGUUCAAGCAGACACUAUAUUUUCAUCUGUGUGAUUUUGACAAAGAUCAAAUCACAUUUGAUGGUGAUGUUAUGCAGAAAUGUGAGAAAUUCCAAAAGGUUCAGAUACUUUUUCAUACCACUGUAGUAAGCGUAUUGUAUGUUUGUGUUGACUUGUAAUGAAGUACUUGAAUUUGAUGCACGUCAUUCUCAUACGUUACUGUAUUUAGUUUGCACAGAUCUUGGUAUACGAUUUCGGCUUUUCAGUGCGCGGUUGUCACGUUAAAUGUCACGUUGUUGUUUUUUAAUGCCAGCAGCAUGCUCUAUUACAAGAAUCCAAAUUCAAUGUAUGUUCUACUGCCGUAAUUAAGUGUAGUUCAGACAAUCUGUUUACAACACUCAUGCAUGGAUUUGUGAGCUGUUAUAUAUUUAUUUUUUUAGGGUUUUUGAUGCUGUUAAUAGCGAAUUGAGACACUGAAAUAUCGUCAAUAAAGUUGAAUUUCAUCAUCUCGUUGUUAUGGUCGAACCAAUUCCCAAACCCUUUACAUUGCUCUAAAAUGAUUCAUCAAUAAAAACAUUCCCGAUACUACUAAACAGCACAACCCAACUCUUAUUUUAAUGAAAGAAAAAUGUGUUUCCAAAAGUAAGAACAUCAUUUACAGUCUGGCAUGAGGGAAAUUUCUCUUUUAGGAUUUGCAUAAUUAUCAACUGUCCGUAAUCGCUUGCUGUCAAUAAGUAUGUUUACAUGGACUCGAUUUUAAAAGCCUGGUCGGAAUAAAAAUGCUUCAUGUACACACCUCGUUCGGAAUAUUCUAACCCAUUCCGAUUAAGAUUCUCGUCCGAACGGUUUAGGCUGAUUGACAAUCCACUUUGCCCACAUGAAAACAUUUCAAAAUUUGGAACAAACCGUCCUUAUCUGUGACAUCAGUAUAUGGCUUUUUUUUUUUAUUCCCGGAAGGUCGUAGAAGCGGAGCGAGCGGAAGACUGGGUGGGUAGGCGCAUAAUAAUAAUUAUAAACUGUUUUGUUUUCGUCAACAAAGACGAUAAUGAAAAUAUUAUUUUCAAUGAACAACUUUUUCAAACGUGUCUCGGAAAACUAAUGUAGUUUGUUUUUAGCGAACACUUGGUUCAAAAGAAAUAUUUUUCCAAACGUGUACACUGUUAUUAUGCUGGCGUUAAAAAAAAAAAAAAAAAGUGCAAAUCUUCUUUACAAACAUAGCUUUUUGCUGUAAUUACGACACCACAUGAACGCAGCAUCAGUCUGUGUACGUCAAAAAUAAUUUGUUCCCGGUGACAUUCUAAUGCAUGAACACGCAAGACUCCUUAUUUUUAAGUGCCCAUGAACGCAGUGCACCCGAUCAUCAUUUUAAUCCAAAUGCUGAUCAGGCUGAAGACAUUUUUUUUUUUGCCAUGUAAACAUACUAAUUGCACUACAUAGUUGCAACCAGCAGGGGCACUGUUGAUGAUCUUGACAAGUGUGUGUGGUCUAAAGCAGUGUUUUUCAACCACUGUCCACUUUCACCCAAUUGAUGUGAAAAUGUUUUUGGAAACUGAAUCCGCAAAAUCCGAUAUCCGUGCUGCCCGAUGGUCGCUAAUCAUGCUAUAGUCUUCCAUAUGAGUAGGUGGCUCAUUACUUUGUCUAGCGAUGCGGAAGAGGUAAAGAGUGGUACUGGGGCUAGCGCUAGCGAAACUACAACGGUGGCGGUGGUGAUGGUAAAGGUUUUUAAAACAAAGUUGCUAACUCAGGACUGGACAAAAUUUUAUUGAAUGGCGGUCAAAAAGAAGCAAAGACCAUUUCCUCACGCAGAAUCUCAAGUGUGACGCAAUAAGCAAAAGCUUUCUUUCAUUGGGGAUUUAGUCUAGACUGUAAAGGACUGAAACUGAUAACAAAAUGUGUGGGGGUUUUUUGUGUUUGAUACCUAUUCAAUGCAUGACUAUAUCAAUUAAGUUUACAGACAUUCCAUUGGACAUUUUAUGAUGGUGGCGUGCCUCGGGCUUUUUUUUUUUUUUUUUAAUGAAACAAGUGUGCCGUGGUUCCAAAAAGGUUGAAAAACACUGGUCUAAAGAAGAACAGAACAACGCAAGCUAGGGUCAGCAACCGCGCAGACCUCAGCGACGCGGACAAUGACACGGAAGCAGGAGUGCAUCUCAACACAAAAAAAUGACUGAAUUGGUCAUUCACGUCUCCGUAGUCCAUCAAGGAAGCGUUCCCCAACGUCCGUCCCCGGCUCUCGUACAACAGUAAAGCUUCAGUUUCAUCUGAAAUAUGUCAUACCCGGAAUCUCCAUCCUGUUGCAAUGUAGAGGUAUUAACACGACCGUUGAAAUAUAACUUCCACUAGGUUGUUUUCCAGCAUUUUGAACAUUUUUUCCCCCUAAAAUCAUUUUUUAAUUUAAAGGCAUUUAAUCCUAAAUACACAGUGUAGCACAGCAUCACUUUCCAGCUCGGACAUUCGAACGUGUCCUGUGUGUCCUGUCAUGCUGAGUUCAGUCUCUUUUUCCACCCUCGCUUGUCCUUAAGAAUGCAGUGGUCAUUCCAAGACGAUUUUUGUUCCUUUCCGCUUUAGAUAAAAACAGGAUGAGAAUACACCGAGGUACGAGCUGUUCAAAAAUGCUGGAAUAUGAAGUAAAACUAAAGAAAGAUCACGGAGAGGUCCGUUGGGUUUGAGAGCAUCAGUGAAACCGGACCGGAUAUCUUUCAACUGUGAGACGGAGCUAGAAGGAGACUCGAGUACAGGGGCGGCCCAAAACCACGAGAGCGCUCCCGUGUAGUGCAGGAAGGUUUGUCUCGGGUCCCCGAAGCCUCUUAGCUGCAUUUGCAGGACUUGACCACCAUGUUGGACAGCUGCUCCACUUUAGGCGAGCGGCCCACGUAGUAGAGGAUGGUGAGGGGCUCCAGGUCCUGGGGCACGCAGCACGGUGAGGCGGACGCCUCCGGAUUCAAGGUGUUGUAGAGGCUCAGCAGCUUAAGUAGAGGGAACCAAGUAUCAGAAUUUGCCCAUAAUGAAAUCAAAGGCAAAUGCAAAUGAUCUAGCCCUUUCCAAAAACACGAGAGGUCCUCGUACAACUAAAGGGGGGGAACUCAAGGUAGCUCACAAUUCAAUUUGCAUUACGAGGCUCGCGAUAACCAUAGAAAAGAAUAGCUCUUUAUUGUCAUUGUCAACAACAGAACAUUGUGAACAACGAGAUUGGAAGUGGCACUCCAGUAGAAAUAUAUAUGUAUUUGAUAAUAUAAAAUAAAUGCAUAGAAAGAUAUGUUCUAGAGCUAGAAGUGCAUAAUUAUAGAUGACUUAGAACAGGGGUGGGCAAACCGGUCCUCGAGGGCCGCAGUGGGUCCUGGUCUUUGUUCCAACUGAUUCAGCACAGACAGUGAGGUUUCAGUGGAAACAAGAAGCACCUGACUGCAAUCAACUGAUUGCACUUAGAAACUAAGAAACCAGAUUGGUGAAAGGCUGUCCUCAUGAUGGGUAUGAACAAAAACCCGCACCCACUGCGGCCCUUUGUGGAAUAGUUUGCCCACCCCUGACUUAGAAUGAAAUAUGUGCAUGAUGAACAUAGUGCAACGCUGUCCUAAUUUUAGCUGCGUCAUUUGUGCAAAGAAUUCGAUAAAUAGAAAAGUGGUCCAAGUAAUGCGCAGGUUCAAGUUAAAAAUUGUUUUCUAAGGAGUUCAUAGUUUUUUUGUGUUUAAUGUAGUAAUGGCCCUGGGAAAGAAGCUGUCUCUCAGCCUGUUUGUGGGACCUGUAACGUCUGCCGGAGUGCAGCAUGUCAAAGAGACAGUGGCCGGGAUGAGAAGGAUCCAUAUGUAACCCAAUAGAUAUUGGAGUAAAUAUUUUAGGAAUGGAAUAACAGCUUUUCCUCAUGAGGGUCGCGGAGGUGCUGGAGCCUAUCCAAGCUAACUAUGGGCAGUACACCCUGAACUGGUUGCCAGCCAAUUGCAGGGCACAGGGAGACGUACAACCAUUCAUGCACGCACUCAUACCUACGGUCAAUUUAGAGUAUUCAAUCAGCCUACCAUGCAUGUUUUUGGGAUGUGGGAGGAAACCGGAGUUACCGGAGAAAACCCACGCAGGCACGGGGAGAACACGCAAACUCCACACAGGAAGGCCGAAGCCCGGGAUUGAACCCUUGAUGUCAGAACUGUGAGGCGGACGUGCUAACCACUCAGCCACCGUGCCGCCAUUUUGCACUUCAAUUAGUUUAAAAUGUGAAUGAAACGAGUCUCCACCCAUCCGCUGCAGCAUCAAGCCAAUGGAAAUGUACCCCGACAGGUUGAGACCAACCCCUUCCUUUCUCAACUGGCCGCGUUGUGAGCAGCUGCUUAGGAGACUGAGUGAAUUUAGUAAUAGCCCUCAAAAAAGCGAGUUAACCUUUCGUACCACUUUCUUGUCAGCGUGGAGUGCGGAGUUGGAGACUGUGUGCGCGAGGCAAAAUUGCAGUUUACUCUAUCGAGCUACUCGGCGCUACCGCAUCAACUUCAUUACCGAUUGACGUCAUUCUUUGCCUUAUCGGCUUCAUUUGGUAAUAGCCGAAGACUACGACUCCGACGCGCAAGAGUGACGUUGCUCGUUAAGGACAUGUCACGCAAAUAAACAAAUCUGAUCGCACGGUUACUUUUCUUCGGGCUCGGAAGACCAACGAGGAGCUGGGUCCCAGACUCUUCUCCCGGUGUUUAACAAAUACAGGGAGAACAGUCUGGCCGUGCCAGGCAAUGUCGACAUGGCCCAAGAAAAGCAGCAGGAGGGAGGGCGAGAGGCUGUACGAGCACGAAGCAGAAAAAUAUCUUAUUAAAAAUCCGAUCCUUUUCACUCGAGUCCGAUCUGAUGAAAAUGGCGCGAUCGGAUCGGGACAUCCCUAAUGGCAACACGGAGGCCAAAGUCUAAAAUCUAAUCAACAGACUGGAGGAAUGCGACGAAAUGCUGAAACUGUUGGGAUGAUGAAUAAUAUUUCAUAUGCAAAUGGAGGCCCGUGGUUCAGAUCAUCCGAUUUUCUAAUCCAGUAAAAUGAGGCUUGUCUCACCGUGCUGUGUGUGGUGUCAGCGCUGCGUAGGUAAGGGCAAGGACCAGAGCAGAAAUUGGCGUAGUAGCCCUCAGGCUGAUGGAUCCAUCUCCAGCCCAAGUCCUGGCGGAAAUUAAUAUAAAGCGGUCGCACACAGCAGUUCUCCUCGUAAUUGCUGCAGACAAGGAGGGAAGAGGAGAUUAUCACUCAACUAUUGCCGCGGACGAGAGAAGUUCCCAAAUUCCACUCUUAGGUGUGCCCUUAUUUUCCCUUCCCAGAGAGCCCAGGUGUCUGUCUGUCUGUCAGCCCGAAAGAGGAUAUGGGAGAUGCUUGGCAUGUGAGAGUGGCGAGUAGUAGCUGCAGGGACAGAUCCCGACUUGUAUCGUGUCAUCGCGUCUCGCUGAUUAACACGCGAGGUCUUCCUGCGUGCUCGCUCCACUUGAUCGCGAUAAAACAAAAAUUUGGGCUCGUGUCAAGAAAAUGCCACAUUGCUCGAAAAACAUGCAGAACUCAUAAACAGACAAACAAGCCAUCCUUCUGCUCUGAAUUGGAAUGUGUUUCGUCACCAGUAGCCGUCCAAUCCUUUUCAACUGGGAGGGUGCCACAUUCAUUCGCUGCCACCCUCCAACCUAUUGGACGUCUUUAGGUCAAACCUCCUAUACCUAGCAAAGAAAACGACUUUUGUUAUACCCAGUGUUCCCUCUAAUUUGUCAUGUGUCUACGCAGACACAUAAGCUCCCUGAGCACACCACUGUGAGCAACAUCAGAUGUGUACACACCAGUAUCACGCCUGUUCAAAACCUUGGAAUGUAGCAAGUUACACGGCUUGUUUAAAGAAUGAAAUGACAUUAGUUUCCUUUUAAUAUCAUUGAUUUGGCCAACUGGAAAUGAACAAGAAAAAUCUCCUCAUACUGUGUUACAUGUGAGAGUCCUGCUUUAACCAUAGCAAAAGUCCUGCUUUGGCCUGGGUAAGGGUCCAGUUGUAUAGGGGAGUUCAUAAAUAAAACAGAAUCACAUUAAAACGGUUUCGACAAUAAGGACACUCAUGAUUCCUAUUCUCCGUGUCAAAGCAGCUAGGUUAACAAAAAAAAUCUGGCUCAGUUUCACCGCUUGUUCUUCAAUUUGCUCAUAUUCCGACAGCCAUUCCAUCUGAAAAGAACCACAUUUCUUUUUUACUUUGGCUCGAUGAGUGUGGUAUCGCUGCUCGUUCCUUUCGCCAUGAUAAAGGGUUAGCAUUUGUGUCUCUUAACUCCGCGGCAUUGUUGUUCGCUAACCUGCACGGUGCGUUUGGACAGGGCACAUAUGUACACUGCUAUGACUGACUGCGUAGCGUAAUCGUAUUUUUGGCUAGACACCUGUUGCUCAUUGACUUGCAUUGCAAGAUAGAACAGAAAUCAAUUUUGUUGGUCUAAUUAACUAGAUAAUUCAUUAAUUUAUUUUCCGAGCCGCUCAUCCUCACGAGGGUCACGGAGGUGCUGGAGCCAAUCCCAGCUAACUAUGGGCGGUAGGCGGGCUACACCCUGAAUCGGUUGCCAGCCAAUCGCAGGGCACAAGGAGAUGAACAACCAUACGCUUACCUGGGGACAAUUUAGAGUGUUGCAUUAGACUACCAUGCAUGUUUUUGGGAUGUAGGGGGAAACCGUAGUACCCGGAGAAAACCCACGCAGGCACGGGGAGAAUAUGCAAACCCCGCACAGGAAGGCCGGAGCUCAGGAUUGAACCCUUGAUCUCUGAACUGUGUAGUGGACAAGCUAACCGCUCCGCCUCUGUGCUGCCUAACUAGAGUAUAUCGGUUCUAAUAUUAGAUAUUAAUUCAUGUUUGUUUUUUUUUCCAUGAUAAAGUUCCUUUUUCAGUUGAUGCCAUGAAUUGAACUGGUGAGCAACGCGCUUUCAUUGUAGAAUCAUUUAGCAACACAAACGAAUAUGUAACUGCAACACAACGAGCGUUCCGUUUGCACUUCAAUCUUGGUAGACAUGAUCCCGUACCAGCUCGAAACACCAUCUUCUUAUGGGUUACCGACUUCAGAGCUACUGGAUCUGCAUUGAAACAAAAUCAACCGGCCGGCCUCAAACUACCAGAAUUCCAGAAAAUGUGGCAGCAGUAAUAAUAUUAAUGACUGUUUCACCAUUUGACUGAUUUAAUUUUUAAAAUCCAAUAAAACAGAAUGACAUUAUAUGUACUUUUCAAUAAACACUUUUUUGUUUCUUUAUUUGGCUUUUAUUAAACCUACAAAUGUCUCCGAUCAUUUUGCCUGACCCUGUAUAUACAAUGGUGGUGUAGCAACCCACCGAUAGGAGCGUCGCGUCGACACAUCACUACGGCGCAGACAGUAGACCAUGUGUGUCAUAACCUGUCCUCAAGGGCCGCUGCGGGUCCUGGUUUUUGUUCCUACCAAUCGAGCACAGACAGUUUAACCAAUGAAGUUUCUGCUAAAACAAGCAGCACCUGAGUGCAGUCAACUGAUUACACUUGUGAGACACCAGAUUGGUGAAAAGAUAUCGUCUUGUUUUGUAGGAAUGAAAUCCAGCACCCACUGCGGCUCUAUGUGGAAUAGUUUGGACACCACUGCAGUAGACCUAAUGACGGCACACUAGGUUUCUGUUGAAAUUGAUUUUGUGCGCUGCAUAGAUUUUCCUGUACGCAGAGUAUGUGCAAGCAGUGCACGAUUGCACACGCGCAACUUAGAGGGAACAUUGGUUAUACCUAUAACACACAAUUAAAAAAAAGAAAAAAAAACAGGUUUCACACAUGCAUUUGGCUACUGCAUGUAACAAGGCAUAUAUGAGCAAUUAUAAUUUUUUCAAUGAUGUACCAAUGAACAAAAACACCAACCACCGAAUUUUAUUUUCCCUCAUUUCCUCACAUCCAAAUGCAAAACCUUUAGAAUAUAACUUCAGAACAUAGGAUGUACAUUAAAAUUGAAAAUAAUGUAAAUAUUGACUUAUGUAUGCUUCUUUUAUAAUUGAACACAAAUAAUUUAUUUUUACAUUAUGCACAUUGAAAUGGAAUCUAUUUUAAAGGUGAUGCAAACAUUCACUUUUUUUCAAUUAUGAGGAAAUGAAUAAGUAACCGAAGAAAAAUAAGUCCAAACAUUAACAAGGAAGAUGUUCUCAACCUCACCGUCAGCCCCAAUACCCUAAUCCCUUUCUCUUGAUUUUCCAUUGCAUUAUCCUUUUUUAAAUCACAUUAAUUGAACAAGUUUUUUUUACCUGUCACUACAACCUUUCUGGUUUUUCCUUUUUUUCUUCUUCCAGAAAACACAUUUGAAGCAAUCCGAGUGACAACAGUGCCAGUUAAUGAUUAUGUAACAAUCACAAAACUAAGGUAGAAUCCACGAGUCAUUGUCUACUUAGUAUGUUUGGCCAUCAGUCCACCAUAUCUGGAUAAAGUAUGCUAUGCACUUUUUUAUGUACAUCCUGGGAAGCCCAUUUUGAGAAGCUGUGCAAAUAAAUUUAGCCCUCACAUUGCAAACUUACUUGAAGCAGUAAUUGGUGUCGAGUGCCCUCUUGCGCCUUCGGGAUGAGGAGUGCGCAUCCAGCCUGUGGGGGGGCAGCAUCAUGAGGAUGAGAUGGGGGUACAGCUGCUCCCUUUGUUUUUUGCCACGGCUCAGGUCGUCAAAGUCUGGCUCCGUACCUGCGGGAACCAGCCGAGCGGUCACGGAGAAGCCAAAAAGAUGCCCGGUCACGACCAACGACACUCCUAUUGCUCAGAUUUUAAGCGCAGGUACUGUUCAGCCGGGGCUUUACUUCCUUCUUCCCACCGUCUGCUGGUCCGCUCUAGGCCUGAUGGCUAAAGCAGCACAUAUCUCAGGAGAGAUGCUGCCGGUGGAUAUGUUGGCCCCGCUUUAAUUAGGGCCAAACGUCUGAGCGCCGUGGCGGCACAUUCCUUGCGGCCAAGCCCGUUCCCAGGACCUGGGGCCCCUUGUACUAAGUGAGAUACCAGAUCAAUGUCAUUCCCAUGCUCUCUUCUUUGGAGGAGGGAGAACCAUUAUCUUUUAUCAAAGAGACUGCAAUGACAAGUAUUCAAACAUUCGUUCAACUAGUCUACGAAUGAACGCCAUUUUUUUGGGUGUAGAAUUUCCUUUUCAAUCUACUGCCAAUUGUUAAUGUCCACUUUAUUUGACAAAACAUGAGGUUCAUCAUAGAGGCACUUUUGUUUUUUGCAAUCACAAAAACUAGGCCUGCCUGCGCAACAUAUCGUUUAAACAUCACCACGUGAUAGUCCCAUCACAGCACGUGCAAUUGUUUUUUUUUUUUUAAUUUUAAAACCUUAACGUUUGUUUUGCUUCAUAAAAGCGGCCAGUGUGCAGAGACAACUCAACUCAAAUUGGUACACAAAGUCAUUGUGAUCGGCCGUGAACUAGUUUAGCGCGUAUGUAGGCUCUCGCCCGAAAUCAGCUAGCAUAGCAUCCGGCACCACAGCAUCCCUCACGUAGAUAAGCACUAUAGGCUGAAAAGCCUAAAUUUAAGAGUUUUGUUUGCUGCACAAAUAGCAUUGGCUAACAACAUUAGCCUCUUUUGAGUGCCACUUGUCCGGUGAACAUGUCAAUGCGCGUAUUUGUCUAUGCCGAUGUGUCCAAUUCCACAAACGUGGUCCUAUCCAACCUAUGCCACCUUUGUAGACCGCUCACACAUGAUUUCUUUUUGCCCGUUUACUGUCCGUGCGGCCUCCCUUCCGCAAUUUAGCAUUACGGUCUUGAAUUCAAUACUUGCAACUGACCCAACAGCCUAUUGGGCUAGCUUAUUUACUGUAAAUACACAAAAAGUGUGAGGCUAAUUUAGAAAUUGACUGGUGAUCAGUUCGGUUGUAUCCUUUCUUUUGCCCCAAAUCAGAUGGCAGAUUAGCUUGCGCACAACUAGGGUUGCCAACAAUCCCGGAUUGGGCGGGACAACCCGGAAGUUCUGACUGGUACUGUCGGUACUUCCUAUAUUCCAGGAUGUCCCGUGAAAUCCGGGACUGUUGGCAACCCAACUCACAACUUUAAAGAUGAGGACAGUAGUAUAGAAAAAGGAUUGAUGAAUGGGUUUACCACAACACAAAAUCCUGUGUCCUUCAAAGAAAGGUGUUCUGCAAACUAACUCCAAGCACUACUCCAACCGUACCUUUGAAUUUGACCUCCAGCACCUCGUUGGCAUUCUCAAUAAUAUCCCCGUUUGGCUUGAAAGUGUGGCAGGGACAGUGCACGCUGAUCUCCAGGCCAAGAUUGGUCUCUGAGGGAAAGUGAUUGAAACACAAGCUGGACUUGAGUAUGCAUUUGCACUUCUAGUCAUUCAUACCAGAAUUCUACACUUGACUGUAAAAAUCAGUCUGUUUUGUACGGUUGCCCUAAAGUGCAAAACACAAAGGCAAAUUCAAGAACGCAGCGGCCACGUUCCUAUUGGUGCGUUUACAGUCGUGGUGUCUGUUAACCCACAAGUUUUUGCACCUGCGAAUCCAACCGAUGGGAGCGUGGCGUUGCCACAUCAAACGCAACAAUUGGAACGUCGCUUUUAUUCGGUCAAAUACUGUAUUAAAGUAAAAUAUGACUUCAUACCUACAGUAUGUCCCAAAUAAAAAUAUUCAUUCAUUCAUAUUCUUUGGUAACGCUCGUUUUCAAAUUCCACGCCAGAAGCGGAAUAACUUUGAGUUCAUCUACCCUUUCCGGUUGAUUCUUCCAAUCGGCAAUGAGUGUACUUUUUCACUGGUACCUACCUAAGGGUGGAAUGUAACAAAGUAAAAGUACUUCUAAGUACCUUUUUUUACUUUGAUUACAUUUUACAGCAUGUAUCUGCAGUCCACUGCUUUUCAAAUUAUUGCCUGCUUUACAUGCCACUUUUGUUUGUUUUUUGUUUCUUACUAUGUAAUGGUUUUGCUUUUUUUGCAUCUGGCGCAAUAGAUAAGCCCCGUAAUUGAGCGCUAGAGCACAAAAUUAGGCAUCGAAACAAGGUAAAUACGAGAUAAUAUGUUGUUAAAAUCAUGCGGUCUUUAAUUAUGCUCUCUCAUGCGCUAACCUCGAGUUAGGGUUUAAAAAAAUGUUUUUCUUAGAUGCCCUCCUGUUUUUUUAUUUUUCUUCCACCAGAAAAUUGAGAUUUGAAGCUUUCCAAUGAUGUACGGUAAAUGGUGUUAUAAGCAUAUAGGACAAUUUUGAAAUUUGGUCAAAUUGGGGGUCUCAGUGCGGAACUUCAAGUCACCUGUUUUCCGCCAUAUCUAAAGAUAUCACAUUUUUGCAUCGGGAGAAAAUACUUUUCUUUUUACUUAUAAAUUUCAAAACAAGUACUUUUGUACUUUCGUCAUUUUUUAUGCCCCUGUAUCUGUGCUAUUAAGUUAAAAAAGUGACUACUUCAUUCACCACUGUACCUACCUUUUCCAGUUACUUAACGUAAUUGUCUUUUGAUUUGGUGUUGUUUUUUAAAUUUGCCGUUGCUUUAUGAGAUACGUCCUUAUGUUUCUUGAUUUGUGAUGUUGUCGUUUUUUAAUUUGUUUUAUUGUUCUGUGCUUUGGAAUUUGCCAUUUUGCUUUUUGAUUUGCACUUCAGGGCCACCGUAGUUUUGCCUUGACCAGGAAUUGCAUACUGCAAAGAUGUCAUAUUGUAUUCCUUAUGAUCAUAUUGACAGCCUGCAGAUACCAACUUCAAUUUGAAUUAGCUUAGCGGCGCCCCCUCACUCACGUCUGUACAUGAGCCACUCCCUCACUGUCUCCGUGACGUCGAAAGAGACCCACUCGGCCAUCCCCUUGGUCAGCACGUUCUUGCCCCCGAUGUACCGCUGUUUGGCUUUGGGGUCGUCUUUCUGGAGGAUCUGCGAGGAAGGAUGAAAAUGUGACCCAGCUGCAUAAACUUUUUUUUUUUUAACUCACAAAUACACACACACCGAGAAGCAGAGCUGUCUGUCUGAGCCAGACUCUCCGGGACGCCUUGGGCCAAAUGUCUACUCUUCGUGGAAAAAGUGACUGACUGUGUUGAUAUCCCCAUUUUGCAAGUUAAUGCCUGCGUGUUACCCUUUUGCCAGUGGGAACCUUUGCGACGGCAGCUCGCGCAUUACAGGCGGUGCUGCAAGGUGUUGUACUACGAUCAUGCUCGAGAUGGAAAGUCAAAGCGCCACCUGCAAAAUGCUCAGUCCGAUGACUCGAGAGUCUUCGUGAGGAUUAAGUGGGAGCCUCAUAUUCACAAGUGACUCUUGACUUCACUCAUGAUGAUAGUUCAUAUAUGGAGUUUGCUUGUCACUUUUUUUUUUUUUACUUUUCACUCGCAACUGCCACCUCUGGCCUAAAGUGUAACUGUGUCAAGCUGUGCCUGUGUCAAGCUGACGUUUGUACGAGUACAAACAUACGCAACAAGCGUUCAGCUUAUCAAAUCAGUACUAGAAAAGUCAAAAAAAAAAAAAAAAACAGCAAACAUGAUCGUUUACUGUUAGAAGCAAGUCUUACAGUAAGCGGGUUAGAAAAGUGUUUUUUGACAAGCGGAGACCAGGCGGACCCACGGCGAAACAGGUGGAUUUGCCAAUCUCAAUAAAGAUGUUUUUCCCAGAAUGCACUACAUAUCAGUCCAUCCAUCCAUUAUCGACCGCUAAAUCCAGGGUCAGGUGGCAGGGGAUGCCGCUUUAGUCGAGAAGCCAAGACUUCCCUCUCCCCAGCCACUUCAACCAGCUCCUCCGGCGUCUGGCUUGGUGUUCCCAAGCCAGACGAGAGUCUCUCUCCAGUGUGUCCUGGGUCGUCCCCCGGGCCUCCCGCCGGUGGGACAUGCCCGGAACACCUCUCCAGGGAGGCAUCGGAACCAGAUGACCGAACCACCUCAGUUGGCUCCUCUCAGUGCGAAGGAGUAGCAGCUCGACCAUGAGUCCCUCCAGUCUCCCUUCUUAAAAGGUCCGCUAGCUUAAAUGCUAUAAAAUGCUUGUUUUUUUUUUUUGUGCGUGUGUUUUUUUAACAACGCUCUUAACAAAUCGUUCAAACACAUAUUCACACAAACAACUGCUAAAUAUAUCUCUAAACUAAACCAAUGCAUAAACAAACAUAUUAGCUGAAACAAAAUCAUACCAUAUUGGAGCAGCUGGAUUCAGCCAUGUUAGAGGUGUUAUGGUAUAUUCACUGCUGCCACUAGAGGGCAGUGUAUCGCCCAAAUCAAUGAAAUGAAAUGCAACACUAUCAAAACAAACAAUUACAACGUCUCUCUAAUGAAAGGAAUCCUCGAAACAGCAACAUUUGAUUCGUAGCUUUUUUCUAAUUGGGUUAUUCCAGUUCAUCGAGUCAUCGUUGCAGCACUACAUCGGUCAUUCCAGAGUAUAAGUCGCAUCUCCGGCCAAACUAUGACUUAUAGUCUGAAAAAUACGGUACCUUUAAAAAUGAUUUAGUACUAAAAUGUGAUGUUUAAGAUUGAAGUUAACAUACGUAUAUCUACAAUCAUACGACAUUUAAGAAUGUUAACUUUUUAUGGAAGAAUGCACAUUUUACGACUGUAGUAGUUGGACCCUGGAACAGUGUUAGCAGGAUUUCUUCAACGUACCCUGAAAUGGAUUGUGUUCACCUUAGAGGUCAUUAGCAAGACUAACUAGGUCCCUGAACAAUGUCAGAAUCUAAUCUAACUUCCUUUGAGAGCAAGGCUGCCAGUAACAGGAUUCUGCCAACCGGCCGGCUCUGGCGUGAAGAGUGCGUGGGCGAAGGAGUGACAAGCUCCAUUUACUCCCCCCGCGGGUGACCCCGUCUCUAUCUCCUUGCGGGCCCCUGGAAACAAUCUGACAGUCUGCAUUGAGAGCCGGCCAGAGGCUGGAUGCAGUCUGGACACGCUUGUCUCCCCGGCAGGAAACGUAGGAACCCGAUCAUUAUUCCUAGUCUCUCAUGGGAGAUUAAUGAGGAAAAUCUUUGACGCUCUACAAACAUUCUUCAAGAACGCAUAGAGUGAACCCCUAUUUCAUAAGAGACUAAAGUGGAAAAUACAAGAUAUAACGGCACAUUAAAAAAAAAAAAAAAAAUUUAAACAUUUUAUUAACACUGUUAAAAAACACAUUUCUUAGCACCUAUUUACACAAUUUACCAUUUAAGAAGCAAAGUGUGCUUGUACCUAGCUAUUUACUAUAAAACUGAUAUAAAAAAAUAUGCAUUGUAUAUUCAUCAUAAUGUUUUAAGAAAGCAUUUAACUGCAUCAAAGUCCAUCUUAUGACUGGGACGCAAUGAUGAACUUCAACAUGGCAGGAACAAAGUGCCUAUGACAGCAAAAAGCAUGUUUAUUUCAUAUUUCACGCUGUAUUUCAUCCUCCUGAUUGAAAUGGACCAAACGGAUGUGUGUGGAACGAUCGAUAUAUUUAUUCCAUUUCCCGAAUAUAACGCGCACUUUUCCCCCCCAAAAUCAACUUGUAAAAUCAUGGCGCGCAUUAUAAACGGGUACAUGGAUGGAGACAAAAAAAAAUAUAUUAUAUACAUAUAAACCGAAUUUUUUAUAUUGACACGGCCACGUUGUGUUGAAGAAACGUAUGCGGCGAUCCGUUGCCGACCAUUACGGUACGUGACGUCACAAUUUUGUUUCGUUAAUUCCUGACUCUGAUCGGCCGAACGAUUUCAUCUGUGUUAAAUUCUGCUUUUUUCACUCUUCAUAAAGCACAGAAUGUAGUUUCUUGAACUCAUUUAAGUCAACGUUUAUUGCAGCUCCGCAACUCUGACCAUAACAAACGUAACACAGACUUCCUGUGUGUGUGUCCGUCAACUAUAUCAAACCCAAACAACAAUAGUUCCUAUUGUUACUGUCGUGUCGACAGUGAUGAGCUCUCUCGGAUUUCCGACUUACGUUCUCACUUUCAUUUUACCGUAUCAAUCCACGGAAGAAACAUUUAUUCAUGAUGAAACGAGCAAGUUAAACAGCAGCCUUGAAAAGAAAAGUCACAUCUGUUUUGUUCUCUCCUAGAUUCUGGUAAUAUUCUUGUCAAAUCAUAUUAUUACCGUAAAUAUUGUCAGUUUAUGGUCAUGUUUUGAACUACCAAUAUGCUAUGCUUGUGCUGUGUUUCACCAGUCAGUAAAAUGACAUUUCUGUGUAUCUGUACACGAGCUCCAUUUUCUUGUAUUCUUCUAUUAUUGGUGCUAAAAUUAGGGUGCGCGUUAUACACGGGUACAAUAAUUUCCCCAAGAUUUUACGAGUAAAUCUGGGAUGCACAUUAUACACGGGUGCGCCUUAUAUUCAGGAAAUGACGGUAUUCUGUUAUUUUUUGCAUCACGCCAGCCUAAUGUGUGGCAGGCUUUUGUUGCCUUUUUGGGUUUCAAAAAGUUCCCGUUGACCGCGGAGAAUGGCCAAAACAUGUCCGACAACUGGGAAGUGAGUAAACCACGUGUUUUGUAUUAUGUCAACUACUGGGAUCGCGGCACACGUUUUAAUAAGGAGGUGGCUUGCAUUUUGUGGCCGAUUGUCCACCGAGAAGGCCACUCGGCCGACGACCGGCGGCUUGUCACACACCGUGGUCACUUUCACCCCCUCGGUCCUAUUUGCGUGCCCGCCGAGAAUUCGCUUUUCUUGGCCGCAAGCAGCUCCCCGCUCCGACGUCGGCCGGUUUGUCCACCGCGAAUGGGCCAUUUUUUGGCGUUCAUUCCCGGCUAGGAGCACUGCCAACCCACUGUGGCCACAACAUAACGACGAGCCGUAACUCACUCACCGCCGGGGGCUGGCCGGUCGGUGAAGACAAUCAACCUCGCCGCUGUGUGUGACAUGAGUCGGGGUAGUUUUGUGUGAUUUUUUUGUUUUUGAAAGGAGAGAAUAAGACUUGGAAAAGCUGCUCGGUUUGGGUUAGCUUGUUGGCUAGCUGUCACGCCUCCUGUUUUGUUUACACUCUUUCCUCUGUCUCUGAAGCCGGGGCAGAGGAAUGAAAAAAGCCAGACUAACCCCAGUGACAUAAAAUAUCGUUCGGGAGUUCAGCAGUUUUGACCAUUACGCAGUAAUUUUGCCCUGUCGUACUGAAUAAAUGCAUUUUUAAUAUUUCAUAUUCAAUUUAGCACAAGACUGUUAUUUAUCAUGACCAUACCAUUUCUUUAGCAAUUGGGGAAAAAUACUUGUCCUUUAAAAAUCUGCGCUUUGCCAAAUUGUUGUGUAUCGUCGAAUCGUCUCAAAAUAUGAUUCCAAUUAAAAUAGGGGUAUUACGGUUAACUUUGUGUUGAUUUGGGGGGCGUUUCACAGGUCACUUCCUGUUGAAUGUCCCCAAAUGUGACUCCAAAUCCACAGGAAGUAACCUGUAAAUGCCCUAAAAUGAGCAGGAAGUGACCUGUAAAUGCCCACAAAAGACUGAAUGCGCUGGUUACGGUGCCAUUGCCAUCGUCCAGUCUGGUCCAAAUGAAUGGGCUGUCAGCCGUCGAGCUUACGUAGGCGCUAUUCUAAUGGAAGCGACCUGUCAGCUCUUUUUGAAAACGAUUCUCGGUGGGAGCAUAUCGAUGGAUAACCUUUCGAAAUAUCACCUGUCGGGAUAUACUAUUGUCAAAAACCUACCUGGUAGAGUUCGAUCCGCUGCUCGUUUUUCUUGGCGCCCGCGUUAGGGAUCCGCAGCGCUCGAAAUUCGGCCCGGAACAAGUUGGUGGAGUUUUUCUCCAUGGUGGAGACGUUGAAGCGGAACACCUUGGAAGUGAUUCCCUUCGGGCAGUAGGGGAGGUCAUCUGCAGGUAACAUGGAAAAGCGUGACUCAACGGUAGCUU